AUGAACUCCACUGAACCCGAAAUUCAGGCAAACCCAUCUAGCUCCGGGGGCAAAGCACAAAGAGACGAUGAGGAGGCUGGAGAUGCCGCGGGGAAUCAAAUUAGGCCGAACCCAGCUCCACCCUCCACUUCACUCUCAGCUCGGCCAAGCAUAGCUCAGCAUCCGACCAAUCACAACCAGACAACUAAUCCGUCCGGGCCGAUAGCUAGUACCAAUAUCUCCCAUUCGCCGCCUCCCAGGCGGCCUUCAGUAUUAGCCACCACCGGUGGGCAUUCCCGGCGCGGCACGCUUACCCAGCUGACUCAGUCGAGGAAGUCGUUCAGUUUAUCUCGUGGAAGUCUCUGGACUGGUAUUAUGGGGGGAGGCCGGAUGGGGCAAAAAAAUAUACAGUACGAGAAUACAUAUCGUAUGGAAGCAAAGGUUGACGAAAGAUUUUCCAGGAAACAGGUAUACAAGUGGAUGAUUUGA